CCGAAAUUAACCAGAAAUCAGCCGCUCUGUUUUUGGUCUCCGCGCCGCAGUUCAUUCCCAGCUCCUCCUACUUCUACUCUGGAGCUCUUUGCAACAAGAGUAACAUUCCAAAAUCAACUUACCUCAGGCCUCGGGUUUCAACUAGGGUUUUUCGAUUUUCCAAUAGAAAUUGAUUAUCAUCGACUUCUAAACAUGGCAUUGCUCUUCAAGUUGAAGAGCCUCAGAUUGGGUUAUUCAAUACUUUCUUCUACAUUUGCUUCAAAAACUAAAAGGUUUGUUGUUGGAGAUCGAAAACCCUCAAAUUUUUCUCUUCAAAAUCAGUUACUCUGCCGACACUUCACCUCAGAAAUGUCGGCAAACCAACACAAUUUCACAGUCACUUACCUCAUAAACUCAUGUGGGUUGUCUCCAAAAGCUGCAAUUUCAGCAUCCAAGAAGGUCGAGUUGCAAACCCCAGAAAGAGCAGACUCCGUCUUGGCCCUUGUGAGAAACCAUGGACUCUCUGAAGCCCAGCUCUCAAAGUUUGUCAGGUUACACCCAGAAGUUCUUUUAGCCGAUCCUGAGCAAACCCUUUUGCCAAAGCUUCGGUUUUUCAUCUCUCUCGGGGUUUCAAAGGAGGACCUUGCGAAAACUCUGGCUUUCUGUCCGCAGAUUUUGUCAAGAAGCUUGGAGAAAGAGAUUUUACCCGAUUAUAAUUUCCUUAGGAGCUUGAUUCCUGAGAAAAAAGUUGUUUCUGUUUUGAAGAACAGCUCGUGGUUUUUCUUCGAAGGCCACUCCAAAAAUGUGGUGCCAAAUAUUGGUCUUUUGAGACAACUAGGUAUGCCCCAAUCAUGCAUUUAUCUGUUGCUGGCUCAUUAUAUUAAUGUUCUGAUGGUAAAGCAUGAAAGGUUUGGUGUAGUUGUGGGUAAGGUCAAGGAAAUGGGAUUUAAUCUGGAAAAAGCUACUUCCGUGUCUGCUCUACGUGUAUUGUGUGGUAGGCACAAGUCAGUAUGGAAUCGAAGUUGGGAACUUUAUAGGAGUUGGGGUUGGUCUGAUGACGAUAUUCUUUCUGCUUUCAGGCGGUAUCCGCAGUGUAUGAUUCACUCGGAGAAGAAGGUAAUGGAAGUAAUGGAUCUUUUAGUGAACAACAUGGGAUGGCCGUCAAGAAAGAUUGCCCAAUAUCCUGUGGUCCUAAGUUUGAGUUUAAAGAGGAGACUGAUCCCAAGGUGUUCGGUUGUUAAGGUUUUGUUUUUGAAAGGAGUUAUGGAUGAAAACUUGCAUUUGGGUUCUGUGUUGCUGCCUGUGGAGAAGCACUUCCUGGAGAAGUUUGUAACUGCAUAUCUCAAGGAAAUACCUCAAUUGUUGAAUGUGUAUCAAGGGAAAGUUGAAUUCCAGGAUGUAUGAUUUUUAACAGUUUUUAACACCUUGAUGCUGCAGUGUUUUGCUUGGAAAAUUGUUUUUGGUACAAUACACGUGUCUUGCCUCUGUUGGGGUCCAAUUUAAACUUCUCUGCAGUACGAAGAAGUACAAUUCAGUGACUUCAAAGCCUGCAAUCAAAAUGUGCACGUAAUGACUAGCUUACCGGGAUCCCUGGAGCAAGGCAUGUUCGGUGCUUACAUCAGUAUACAUGUCACCAUUUACAGGGGGGCAACUGGAUUUCCCAACACAACAGCACCAUCAGUUUUAACACCUUUCCUUAAAUAUGAAUGAUUACUAUUGGCAAUUGGGGACAAGUGGUGAAAUGAUUAUGUUAAUUGAUAUUAUUUUUCCUAUUUGAAUCUCACCUUUAAUUCCACUUAUAUGUAUACCUCUUUACGUAUUUAAAGAGGAGUUCUUCUAGUUCUGAUUGAAACUUAACUUAGCAUGCAUGCCAUUGAGUGCUGCAGACAAUUGAUCCCCUUCAUGCUUCUCUCUUGAGAUCAGAAAAUCUCCAGAGGCUUUAUAAUGGAUUCAUUCAUCCC